GCGCGGCAGUCAGAGCAGCGACGCCACCCGCACCGGCCGCAGGACCGGCGCCGCUCGCGACGGUUUCGAAAAUCGAUGCACGAUACGCAAUCGACUUUCAACAAUUUCAACUGCGCAAAUUGUUCGUGACAGUCGCAUCAACGUGACGUGGGGCAGUCGAUUGACGUGUUAAUCCGUGCAGUGUAAUCGCGAUCAUCGGCAAGUGCGAAGUGCAGUGGCUCUUGAAGAGUCUCUAGUGAUGUGAGGAUGCUAGUUUGUGGUCAUGUCGAGUGUGGCGAAGAAGGACAAGCCGACGAUGUCGGUGACAGCGCUGAUGAACUGGGCGCGGCCGCCGUUGUCGGGACAACAGCAACCAUCGCCGGCCACUCCGGCGCCCGUGACUGGCUUUAUGCAGCCGCUUCCGACGCCCUCCACCAUUUCCAGCGACAGUUCGCUCGACAUGCAAUGGCUGAACCUUGAGAGCAGCUUCAUGAGCAGCCCAAUGUCCCCGCCGGAGAUGAAACCGGACACGGCGAUGUUGGACGGGCUGCGAGAAGAUGCAACUUCACCACCUAAUUCCUUCAAAAAUUAUCCACCAAAUCAUCCCCUAAGCGGUUCUAAGCACCUCUGCUCAAUAUGCGGUGAUAGGGCGUCAGGAAAACACUACGGAGUAUUCAGUUGUGAGGGCUGCAAGGGUUUCUUCAAGCGGACUGUGAGGAAAGAUCUCUCAUACGCGUGUCGUGAGGAGCGAAAUUGCAUCAUCGACAAACGGCAAAGGAACAGGUGCCAAUAUUGCCGGUAUCAGAAAUGUCUCUCGUGUGGCAUGAAGAGGGAGGCCGUCCAAGAGGAGCGGCAACGAGCCGCGAGAGGCACCGAAGAUGCCCAUCCGAGCAGCUCAGUACAGGAAUUGUCAAUUGAACGGCUAUUAGAAAUGGAAGCUCUGGUGGCAGACACUACCGAGGAGUUCCAAUUUCUCCGCGUGAGCCCCGACAGCAACGUGCCGGCCAAGUUCAAAGCGCCUGUCUCCAGCUUGUGUCAGAUAGGCAAUAAACAAAUCGCGGCACUGGUGGUGUGGGCGCGCGACAUUCCCCAUUUUAGUCAGUUGGAGCUGGAAGAUCAGGUGGUACUGAUCAAGGCCUCCUGGAACGAGCUGCUAUUGUUUGCGAUCGCCUGGCGGUCUAUGGAAUAUUUAAACGACGAACGAGACAACAUGGACGGUUCGAGAAAUACAUCGCCGCCUCAGCUGAUGUGCCUCAUGCCAGGUAUGACGCUGCACCGCAAUUCGGCGUUGCAGGCUGGUGUGGGGCAGAUCUUCGACCGCGUUCUGUCCGAGUUGUCGCUCAAAAUGCGCUCACUACGCAUGGACCACUCAGAGUACGUCGCGCUCAAAGCCAUCAUCCUGCUCAACCCAGAUGUGAAAGGAUUGAAAAAUCGACAAGAAGUAGAAGUUUUAAGAGAGAAGAUGUUCUCGUGCUUGGACGAGUACUGCCGACGGUCGCGCGGGACUGAGGAGGGCCGCUUCGCAUCGCUGCUGUUGCGGUUGCCGGCGCUGCGUUCCAUCUCGCUCAAGAGCUUCGAGCAUCUUUUCUUCUUCCACCUGGUAGCUGACAGCAGCAUCAGCGGAUACAUACGAGACGCUUUGCGCAAUCACGCGCCGCCCAUCGACGCCAACUCCAUACUGUAGGCUGGGGUUUAACGCCACCACUACGUCUGAUAUCACCACCGGGAGAACGAAGUUUUACAAACACUGGCAGUAACGGCUGAACAGAGAAUAUUUUAGAUUCAAUGAUUACUCUAUGAUUUAUCAUGUCACGAUUUUAAAUUUUAUUGCAUGAUGGUAAAUUGUGCAAAUUACAAAUAAGAAACAUCUGGCCUUUAAUGUAAUUCAUUGACGUCGUAGUAGGUUGAACCCGUCGACCUUGAAGGUGAUGUGACAACACGUCUCAUUACUGUUUCUUCAUCAAUACUUAUCUUUCAACUCAGUGUAUAUUAUUAUAUAGAAAUUAAAUAGGACAAAAUGUCUCCAGUUUAUAGACGUAAUAUCUUCAAGAACAAAACAUUAAUAGUUUUCCGGGAUUAGAUCGAAGAGAUGGCCUCGCGUAAUGUGAUAUUAUGUAGCGCUCGACAUGACCGUCGCAAUCCGUGCCGUUAUCACUGAACGUCGACUAGUUACAAGCCCCUGAUUCGACUGUGAAUAAUGAUUAUGAAGACAAUACGUGCUCUGGAGGAGCGCUAUCUAUGUUUCGAGUAUAUUCACGCUGUUGUACGUGUAGUAGUGGAGUAGGCAACGCGGCGGGCGCGCGUCGCGAACUACGUUAUAAGAACGAUCUUCAGAGUUAGAUAAUGUAAAUGGGGCCGCCUCUUUUAUUAUUACUUAGUGUUAAUAUUAAUGUAAUUAGUCGUUCGUUUAUUAGAGAAUUCUAUUUGUCAUGUAGUUUUAUCUAUAGUGAAUUAUUAUACUACUUAGAAUAUACGCGUAAUGUUAACUUUUACCAAAUCUUUAAAAAACACAUGUUUAUUAUAUAUAAUAAAAUGUCCGAUCCCAGUGAACUAUAAACAAAUUUGUUGUUUAAAAAGUUAAAUUCUAAAAGAACAUUUCCAUAGUUUACACUGUCUCUAAUUAUUUUACUUAAAGCGCAGCACAUACAAUGUUUUUACCAUCAGCGAUCAGUGAUUUUACAGCUUUAAUGCUACAUCAUGAUUUAGCGACGUAAAAUCGUGAAUUAAAAAUGUGCGUACGUUGUAUAAGCUAGAAAUGUGAAGCAAGGGGGAGGAUGUUAACUAAUUACUGUAUCAGGCAUCGAAAUAUGCGCGAAUUGUAAAGUGUAAUCGCUGCAUGGAGCUCCCAGGAAGCAAUCGAACAAAGUAAUUCACCGAUCUCCGAUGUUAAAUGUGUUGUCUAUGCUAUAGCCUUUUAUUGACAUACUGUUGGUGCUUUACAUGCAUUAAAAUUAUGCAGUUGCAUAUCAAAUAUGCAUAAAUAAUCUUGAAUGGAAAAUAAUAUUAUUUUCUCUAUAGUAUAAGUUAUAUAAAAGCUGUAAAUAUACCCUUAUGUACAAUAUAAAUCUAAUAUUUACGUAUAUUCAUUAAUUAAUAUAUACACACCUCACCAACGGAGUGGUGGGACAAUUGUUAAUGAUGGCCUACACAGUGUCGAGUAACAAUAUCAUGGUCAUUAUUAUUGUAAUUAGGCCAGUAUAAUUUUUAUUUUUUGACUCAACACGCAUUUCUGCAGAUAUUUAUUAAAAAUAACCAGUAUUAAUAAAAAUAUAGAUCUUAAUAAUUGAAUUACAAAAUUAUAGGUAGUCUUGAAGAAUAAAACAUAAUCCAAAAUAUUAUAUGGUAAAAUAUGUUUUGUAUAACAUAUAAUUCUAUUUUGCAAUUUUCUUUAUAAAAGUGGAUAUAAAUAGGGAGCUCAAUAUAAUAGAACUUCUCUUAUCGAGGUAAUAUGGUUAGUAUAAUAAAUUAAAAGAUUUACAUCUAAGUAUUUAUGAAUAAAUAGUGAAGUUAUCACUACAUUCUAUUUUGUUGAUAUUGGUAACCACUGUUUCUGUUGUAUUGAAGGAAAAUGUUGAACAAUGAUAUUAUUAUAUGGAUGGGUUUUGAAUUUAUGAUGAUGGUGUUGCAGCGGUUGUGAGAUGAUAUAUUAUGAUGUUCACUAAUUAUCUGACUAAAUUUAAGUUAUAUUUUUUGUAUAGACAUAGCUUUAAGAUGAAUGGUAAUUAAAAUGAUUAUCAUCACAAAA